AUGUCUAGCAUAUCACCAGACAUCAUCUCCCAUCGGCUAAACAUUAGUCCUGCCGUUCGACUUGUUCGGCAGAAGCGUCGUGCCUAUGAACCAGAAAGGUACGAGGCCAUGAAGGCGGAGGUGGAUAAGCUAAGCAGCAUUGGAUUCAUCAAGGAGGUGGACCAUCCCACCUGGCUAGUCAAUGUGGUGAUGAUACGUAAACCACAGAAGGACUAA